GAGCCGGCCGCCCUCCCGGACCGGACAGCGCCGCCGGCUGCCGGGACGGAGCCCCCCAGCGCGCGAGCAGGGCGCGGCGCGGGCGGCCGCCGAGCCGUGGGGAGGAGCCCGGGCCGGAACCAGGGCUGGGCCGGGGGCGGGGACGCCGGGGUCCCAGAGCCCCGGAGCCCGAGCGAGCUCAGGAGCGUCGCGGGAGCCCCGGGAAGGACGAUCGGGAGCCGGGGAGAGCCGAGCCAUCCCGCGAAGUGCGAUGCCCCCCAGGGGCUGAGGCGCGCGGCGCUCGGCGCUGGAAAAGACCGCCCCGGAGCGGCGCGGCGGGCAGGGGCAGCCCCGGCGAGUGGCGGCGGGCCCGGGCUGCGACCCGACCGAGCCCCAUGCCCCGUGCGGGCUGACGGGCCGGAGCCCGCACCGAGCGGCCGGGCCGGACAGGUCCCGAUAGAGCGACAUGAUGGUGGAAUCUGCAUCGGAGACAAUCAGGUCGGCUCCGUCUGGUCAGAACGGCGUGGGCAGCCUCUCUGGGCAGGCUGAUGGCGGCGGCGGGGCUGGGACUGUAGGCACGGCCCCGGCGGUGGGUAGGGACGGCUCCGGCCGAGAAGCCUCCGGAGGAGCUGACAGCAAUGGCGAGAUGAGCCCAGCGGAGCUUCUGCACUUCCAGCAGCAACAGGCUCUCCAGGUGGCCCGGCAGUUCCUGUUGCAGCAAGCCUCCAGCCUCAACUCCCCGGGGAACAAUGACAGCAAACAGUCGGCCUCUGCAGUGCAGGUGCCUGUGUCUGUGGCCAUGAUGUCGCAGCAGAUGCUAACCCCCCAGCAGAUGCAGCAGAUCCUGUCGCCUCCCCAGCUGCAGGCCCUGCUACAGCAGCAGCAGGCUCUCAUGCUCCAGCAGCUUCCGGAAGCUGCCCCCCUCACCUUGUUCCCUCAGCUGCAGGAAUAUUACAAGAAGCAGCAAGAGCAGCUCCACCUGCAGCUCCUCACCCAGCAGCAGGCUGGAAAGCAGCAGCCCAAAGAGGCUCUGGGGAACAAGCAGCUGGCCUUUCAGCAGCAGCUCCUGCAGAUGCAACAGUUACAGCAACAGCACUUGCUCAACCUGCAGAGGCAGGGGCUGGUCAGCCUGCAGCCUAGCCAAGCCUCAGGGCCCCUCCAGGCCCUCCCGCAAGCAGCCGUGUGCCCGACAGACCUGCCUCAGCUGUGGAAAGGCGAGGGUGCCCCAGGGCAGCCUGCUGAGGACAGCGUCAGGCAGGAGGGGCUGGACCUCCCCAGCGCGGCUGCCACUGCUACCUCGUUCGCCAGCCCCCCCAAGGUCUCCCCACCCCUCUCCCACCACCCCUUACCCAACGGACAGCCCACUGUGCUCGCAUCUCGGAGAGACAGCUCCUCCCACGAGGAGAGCCCGAGUUCCCACCCCCUUUAUGGACAUGGAGAAUGCAAGUGGCCGGGCUGUGAGACCCUGUGUGAGGACCUGGGCCAGUUUAUCAAACACCUCAACACAGAACACGCUUUGGAUGACCGGAGCACGGCCCAGUGCCGCGUGCAGAUGCAGGUGGUCCAACAGCUGGAGAUCCAGCUCGCCAAGGAGAGUGAGCGGCUUCAGGCUAUGAUGGCACAUCUGCACAUGCGGCCUUCAGAGCCCAAGCCCUUCAGCCAGCCAGUGACCGUCUCUGCAGACCCAUUCCCUGAUGGCCUCGUGCACCCCCCAACUUCAGCCGCUGCCCCUGUCACACCCCUGCGGCCCCCCGGCCUGGGCUCUGCCUCCUUACACGGCGGCGGCCCUGCCCGCAGGAGAAGCAGUGAUAAAUUCUGCUCCCCCAUCUCCUCAGAGCUGGCCCAGAAUCACGAGUUCUACAAGAACGCCGAUGUCAGGCCGCCCUUCACCUACGCCUCCCUUAUCCGCCAGGCCAUUCUGGAAACUCCGGAUAGGCAGCUGACUCUAAAUGAGAUCUACAAUUGGUUCACCAGGAUGUUCGCCUACUUCCGAAGAAACACUGCCACCUGGAAGAAUGCUGUGCGCCACAACCUCAGCCUGCACAAGUGCUUCGUCCGCGUGGAGAACGUGAAGGGGGCCGUAUGGACCGUGGAUGAGCGGGAGUAUCAGAAGCGGAGACCACCAAAGAUGACCGGGAGUCCUACUCUGGUGAAAAACAUGAUCUCCGGGCUCAGUUAUGGCGCACUUAAUGCCAGCUACCAGGCUGCCCUGGCAGAAAGCAGCUUCCCUCUCCUCAGCAGCCCCGGCAUGCUGAACCCUGGCUCAGCCAGCAGCCUUCUGCCCCUCAGCCAGGAUGACAUGGGUGCCCCUGGCGAACCACUGCCCAGCAAUGGGAGCAGUAGCCCCCCUCGCCUCUCCCCUCCUCAGUACAGCCACCAGGUACAAGUAAAAGAGGAGCCUGCUGAGGCAGAGGAAGACAGGCGGCCGGGACCUCCCCUGGGGACCCCCAACCCCGGCACUGUGGGGCCUCCGGAAGACAGGGACCUGGAGGAGGACCUCCCGGUAGAGGACACGUCCUAAGGGCUAGGUGGGCAGGUAGGGCAGGCCAAGACCCUGCCCCCCCAAUCCGGACCCUGGCCCACCCAUCCCACUCUACAGCCCCUCCGACCUCAAGGCACUUCGGGGACUCGGACUGGGGGAGGGGGGAGAUCUGGGCCAGCAGCUCCCCAUGACACCUGACUGACUGACAGACGCCUGGAGGCAGGCAUAUUCCUGCCCCCAAGAGAACACAGAACCCUUGGCCUGGGACCCAUAGAGGACAUGGAGGGCCCAGGCCCUCUCAGACCCUCCCUGUAUCCCCAACCACCACCAGCAGCAGGGCCCUCCUUUCCCACCAGCGCCCCCCUCCAGGGCCCCUUCACACGGGGAAAGAGACCCGCAGGCGGGGCUGAGCCACCCUCACACCCCUGACCUUCAACCCCUCUGUCCUGGCUGCGGCAGAGGUUUCUGACCAGAGGGACCCUUCCUGGUUGUCUUCCCUUACCUUCUCUUCCCAACUGUGAAAAUUAGUUCUCCAGUUCCCAGCUCACUGGGGCAAGCAGACCCGCCCCUCAGCUGCUGGGGGGGAGCAAGUUGUGUCCUGCCCUUCUCCCCUGACCUGAGACAGGACCCGGCUAAGCAGGCCUCCACCUCCACCCUGUUUGCUGGAUGCUCCUGUGGCGCCCUGACUCGAGGGGGCGCUGAGGAACCCCCGUGCUGGCCACCUUCAGGGCUGUGUGCAUUGGUGGCCUCUGUGGCCUGAGCAUCACAGCACAGAGAAAGCCAGGCUCACCUCCAGCCUACAGUCCCCUCCCCACCCCGCACUGGGGUCCUCUCCCCUCAGCACCUCUUCCUGUCCCCUCCCCCCCAGUUAAACGGAUGACCAAAGACCUUUCUUAUGCCGGAAGCAAAAACCAAAACUUUUUGUUGGCUUUUUCCUUUGUCGCCUCCCGAGUGCCCCCACCCCCGCCCCUGCCCCCUGGCCCCAGGCUGGAAGCCAUCCCUUCACUUAAGUUAUUGUUUUAAACCAAAGUUUACAGUGUCUGUUGGUGGCAAGACCCUCUCCUUCCCUCCCCCUCCCCAAGGGUCCAGGGGUCCUACCCACUUCCCCUCCACUCUUCCCCUGCCUAAGGAGAAGGGAGAGGGCAGAAUCCUGCCCCCAAACUUGGGCUGCUUUCCGGGGGUUCUUCAGAUACCUCCAUAGGACCAAGCCCCCAUCGUGCUGGAAGUGUGGAUUCCAGCAGAAGAGCUGGAAACGUUGAGACUCCGCAGACCCCCUAUGGGGGACCCACAAUUCAAGGCCACGGACUGGGUGUAAGGGGUGCCCAGAGCACCCUGACCAAGGCCCCUUCCCCGAGAGAGACUCCUUGGAUGUUUCCCGGGAGAACCCCACAUUCACCACCAACCCCUCUCCCCACCCCACACGAGCUGCCCUCCUGAGAGGCAAGGGGCCCCCGGCCUUCCCCAUGUAUCCCCACCUGUGUUCCGUUUGACCAGCACAGAAAUAUUAAAGUCCUCUAUUUACCGGG